UCGCAGCCACCAGUACUUUGGUGGCACUAGCCGAGCGAGCAAGCAAAAGCUUCCGCAAGAAACACUUUCGCUUAAGUGGCCUUGCCUCCCUGUUAAUCUAAGUUUCGCUACACGCGCCAUCUUAUACACAAGCACACACACCGUGGGCCAGUGCUAACUGCGGGAUAAUCUGCUACGUGCUCCAGUGAUCUAACUAGAAAAGGCUGUGCUCAACGCUAUGGCGAUACAGGGUCAUAUUUCGGACAUCGCAGUCGUGGCAGUGUGCCUGCUGGGGCUUCUUAUCGCUCACGACGGGGUGGCUUUGCCCGCGGGGACCGGCGAGGAGCCACGGAACACACGCAACUCGACUGACCUCUUUGCAUAUCCUGCCGAACAGUCGGGCAUCGAAUCAAAACAAAAUGCUCGAAACCGUACCCCUAUCUACAUUCCUGGAGGAUGCGCAGAGGAUGAAAUUUUCUACCCUGGCGAUCACGACCACGAUUGGGUUUGUGAUUGCAAGCCGACUUACAUUUACCAUCCGAGUUCGCAGCGUUGCUAUCAGCUGUACACGAAGGGAAACUGCGAAUCUGGCCAAAUCGUCUACAUCGAACCGAAUGGCAAAUAUCCGAGCUGCAUACCCAACCGAUGCCCUGAUGGUCAGGUGAUGUUCCAGAACCAGUGCGCCGUUCUAAACCAAGAGCACAGCCUGUGUCAUAUCGCCAACAUCAAGCUGGUCGUCGGAAUCAACGAGAGAACGCACGAACUGGAGUGCGUCAACAUUUCUGACGUGAACUUGAACAAAACUAUGCUCGCUACGCUGGAGAAAGUGAACAAAUUGGGUUCGAGCAUUGCACCAACUAGUCAUCUAACGAAUAGUUCUCUUCAAUUUACACCGUAACGGGUUUCGGAGAGCAGCUACAUUACUCAAUUGAUUUGAAACAGGAGCUUCCUGUUAGAAACUAGACUUGUGUUAAACAGGAAGAUAAUGAAUCAACUAGCGUAAUAGACAACGAAAAGAGAAUAAACACCUUAUCACAU